AUGGCCAACAUCGAAACCAGCUUUCAAGCCGCCAUCGACGCGGGCAAAAUCCACGGCGCUGUCCUCUGCGCGACAGACUCCAGGGGCAACUUCGCCUUCAACAAGGCCAUCGGCCAUCGCACCCUCCUGUCAGGGGAGAAGAAGCCGCUGCAGCUCGAUGACGUGCUCUACUUGGCCUCUGCAUCCAAGCUAAUCACCACCAUCGCCGCGCUCCAGUGCGUCCAAGACGGGCUCCUGACUCUAGAGGGCGACCUGUCGCCGAUUGCCCCCGAGCUUGCCUCCAAACAAGUCCUCAAGGGAUUCAAGGAUGACGCAGACGAAACCCCCAUCUUGGAGCCGGCUGAUGGGCCCAUCACGCUGGAAAUGCUCGUGACUCACAGCGCCGGCGUAGCCUACGACUUCCUCACCCCUCCCCUUGCCAAGUGGAAGGCGAAGCACGCUCCUGCGGACCAAGAACAGGGACAACGCAGGACCGUGGAGGAGGCCUUCCUUCACCCUCUUCACCAUCAGCCCGGGGGAGGAUGGAUGUACGGCCCCGGGCUUGAUUGGGCCGGACGCAUCGUCGAGCGCGUGACCGGUCAGACCUUGGGUCAACAUGUCCGAGAGCGGAUCCUCGCUCCCUUUGGAGUCGACGACGCGGAAUUCUACCCCGUAACAAGAGACGACCUCCGCGCCCGUCUCGUGGAUUUGAACCCCGACGACCCGGACGCAACGGGCCGUGCCGUCUUGGGAGGCACGGGGGCGCUGAAUCUGCGCGCCAAGGGCGCCUUUGGUGGCCACGGCUUGUUCAUGUCGGCGACGAGCUACGUCAAAAUCCUGCAGUCGCUGCUAGCCAACGACGGGAAGCUACUGAGCCGCCAAAUGGUGGAUACCAUGUUUGAGAAUCACCUCACGCCGGCAUCCGCGACGGCGCUGCAGGCUGCGCUGGAGGGCCCCCUGGGGAUGUUUUUCAGGGUGGGGGUCGACUCGGAGACCACCAAGACGGGCUAUGGCCUGAGUGGCUUGCUGACGCUGGAGGAUGCGGAGGGCUGGUAUGGAUCGCAUACGCUUUCGUGGGGCGGAGGGCUGACGCUGGCGUGGUUUAUUGACCGGAAAAAUGACUUGUGUGGGAUCGGCGCGGUGCAGACGACCUUGCCGGUUGAUGGGGAUGUCGUGGCGGAUCUGAAGCAGGUUUUCAGGAAGGGCGUGUACCACAAGAGGGCCGAGUGGGAGGAGGACAGGCGGAGGACAUGA